UACAGUUUAACGCACUUGCUUCACUUUUUCAGCAAAGAGCCACGUAGAAUUCCAAGAACCGCAUGCAAGACGUACACGUAUUCAUCUCCAUCCAGCAUCACCGAAUAACAUGGGGCAUUCCCAGUUUAACUUCCUCAUUCAAAUCCCCAAAUUCCCUCUUUCCACUCUACUUAAACCAUUUUUCCAACACUUUGCUUAACCGUCUCUCCAUUUUUUCACAAAGAUGAUGAAUGUUUUCGCCAUUUCUCUUGUACUGGCCACACUUUUCACAGCAGGGGUCUUUUCUCCAAACCCAGAAAACAAAGAAGAUGUUAUAGUCAAAGAAGGUCACAGAGUUGUAGUUGUUGAAUAUGGGCCAAGUGAUGGACAAACCAAGGUCUCAAUUUCCCCACAAGAAACAGAGCAUAAAGAAAAAACAGGGUAUGUUUCAGAUGUCAAAGAUAAAUUAUCAGAAAAAGCAGAGCAAGUUAAAGAAAAUGUUGGGUUUCAUAGGUUGAAUGCUAGAGAACUUGUUUGUGAUGCUUUUGGAAAGUGCAAACAUAGGAUAGCAAGUGCACUUGAAGGGGCUAAAGACUCUGUUUCUGAAAAAGUGCAUGAAAUUGAAGAAGAGGCUAAAGAGGGUUUUGAGAAAGUGAAAGAUAAAGCCCAUGAGGCAUCAGGAAAGGCAAGUGAAUUGAAAGAAAAAGCCAAAGAAUAUGUUGUCAAGAAAGUGGAUGAAGUGAAAGAAGGGGUUAAGGAAACUGCUGAGGAAGUGAGAACAAAAGCAGUUGACACAGCACAUACACUGAAACUUCAUUUGAAGAAGAAUGCUUCAGAAGAUCUUGAUUUGAUAAAAGAUAAAGUGAAAGAAGACGCAGAAAGGCUUACAGUGGAAGGCAAAAAGGAUUAUCAUGUUGUUCGCAGGUUCUUUUCUCAUGUGUCAGCAUACAUCUUCUCCUCCAAGAACAUUCGAUCUUUGAUGGGAAUAAUCCAUUUGCUUGGAUUUGCAUUGUCUUACGGGGUUUGUGUUUGGAUGACUUUCAUAUCAAGUAAUAUCUUGGCAAGGUCUUUGCCGAAGCAGCAAUUUGCAAUGGUACAGAGUAAGAUUUACCCUGUUUACUUCAAGACUAUGUCUUAUGGUGUCGCCGCGGCAUUUUUGGGCCAUAUGCUUCCAUAUUACUCUAAUCUGACAGAAAUAAUCCAGGGUCUUGUUUUUCUGGUCAUAUUCUCCAUGACUAUGUUCAAUUCUUUGUACUUGGAGCCUCGAGCCACUAAGGUGAUGAGGGAGAGACUAAAACUGGAGAAAGAGGAAAGGAAAGGGAAAGAUGUUUUUGAUGUAGAACCAAGCAUUUCAAGUGUGGAUGCUUUGAAGGAUCCAACAGGGAUUAAUACAGGGGAAACAGUAAGUCAUGAACCUAUUGAAACACAAGAAGGUUUGUCUGAGGAAACAGCAAGAUUGAAACCACAAGUUGAGAGAUUGAGUCAGACGCUAAAGAAGCUGAAUGUAAUCUCAUCCGUACUCAAUACACUCACGCUAAUGGGUCUGUCUUAUCACCUUGUUUACCUAAGCCAACUCCUGCAUUCCACCAGUCAUUAAUACUGUUAUCUCUGUAAUUAUUUGCAUGUAAAAACAUACUUGUAGCGUUUUUUCUGUUUACUUACUGUUUCAGGGUUAUUCUUGUACUUUGAUUAUAAUAUUUUAAUUCAAACACUCAGUUUAUCAGU